CUCUCUCUUCUCCUCCUCCACCUUGCCACUACUACUACUACCUUUUCCUUGAGCGGCGCCGCGCCCCCGCCCCCGCCCUGCCGGCCAACGAGAUCGAUCGACUAUUUGCGCCGCCGCCGCCGCCUCCUCCUUCCCCUGGACACGUGGCCCGCCCGAGACGUCAAAGAGGAAGAAGACGAAGAAGCUUCGCUCCGACCAGGGGUGGGUGAGGUGAGGUGAGGGGUGGGAUCGAGGGAUCGAGAAGCUGGCGGCGAGCAAGUGGUGGGAGCGCGCCGAUGAGGGCGCCAUGGCCGGGAUGGAUCCCACCGGCGGCGGUGGCGGCGGCGGCGUGGCGGCGCACUACCUACACAUGCUCCGCGCGCAGCAGCACCAGCCACUGUCCCCGGCAGGUGACGUCAAGGCGGAGCGGUCCAUGCUGUCGCCGGAUGAGAGCCCCGGCGCGGACGCCGACCUAGGAUCGGACCACCCGACGUCGUCGGCCAUGGUGGCGGCGGAGGACAGCGGCGGCGGCAGCGGUUCGGGUGGCCCGAUGCGGCGCCCCCGCGGGAGGCCGCUGGGCUCCAAGAACAAGCCCAAGCCGCCCAUCAUCGUGACGCGGGACAGCCCCAACGCGUUCCACUCCCACGUCCUCGAGGUCGCCGCGGGAACCGACAUCGUCGAGUGCGUCUGCGAGUUCGCGCGCCGCCGCGGCCGCGGCGUCUCCGUGCUCAGCGGUGGCGGCGCCGUCGCCAACGUCGCGCUCCGCCAGCCAGGCGCGUCGCCCCCGGGCAGCCUGGUCGCCACCAUGCGCGGCCAGUUCGAGAUCCUGUCCCUCACGGGCACCGUCCUCCCGCCGCCCGCGCCGCCCAGCGCCAGCGGCCUCACCGUCUUCCUCUCCGGCGGGCAGGGCCAGGUGGUCGGCGGGAGCGUGGCCGGCCAGCUCAUCGCCGCGGGGCCAGUCUUCCUCAUGGCCGCCUCGUUCGCCAAUGCCGUCUACGAGCGUCUGCCACUCGAUGGGGAGGAUCCGGAGGCAGAGGCUGCCGCCGCCACCCCUCCCGGCGAUGCGGCGCAGCCAACCGGCCCACCACCACCGCAGCAGCAGCCCACAGCCUCGCAGUCCUCUGAGGUGACCGCCGGUGACGGCGGCGGCGGCGGCGGUCUCGGCAUGUAUCUUGGAGGCCAUGUGGGAUCCUACCAGCAGCAGCAGCAGCAACUUCCCGGACCAGGAGACAACUUCGGUAGCUGGAGCGGCAGCAUCAGGCCGCCGCCAUUCUGAUCCAAACACCUCAAAUCAAGCUCUCCCCCAACAACGCCAUGCAUGUCUAAAUCCUCACAAGAUUCACUCCAAGAAGACGAAGCUGAGUGAGAGUGAUGGAUUUCAUUUCAUCUCAUCAUUUGUGACAAUGCAUUCAUUUUUUUUUGUUGUUGAAGGCUAUACAUCUUGCAAGAUUACAAGUUAAUCGAGGCGCAUGCAUUCUUGAUUGGAGAUGUGGAAGAAUCUCUUGCAUUGCAGAAGUACUAAUAGAAUCAACAUUGGAAGGCAGAAUUUUUUUUGGCUGGAGAUGGAGGGAGGUCAGUCAAUUAGUGCAAGGAACUGAACAAGAUCCCGGUAAGGCAGGUUAGUAGGACCCCGGUGUUUAGUGGUUCAUCCUGUAGACUUUUGAUCAAGAAUGAUGCUUGUCAUGACCUUUUACUUAAAAACUUUCCCUUGGAAUGAUGCUUGUUAUUGCUUUUCACUACAA